AUGACUGUCCUGGGAGGAUCCAAAUGGGCAGAUCAGGUUCGCAGGGAGAGCUUCUUCCAGACCCCCUCCCACCUGCAGAGGGGGGCCCUCCAGUCACAUAGUGCGUCAGUCUCCUGGGCCCCCCCAGCCCAGCCCAACGGGGUGAUCACCCAAUACACUCUGCACCUGAACUCCACCCUGUCCCUGUCACACAGCACUGCUACAGUACCAGGCAACACUACCACCUACAUCCUCCAUAACCUCCAGCCUUACCAACUCUACAGCCUGCAGUUGGAGGCCUGUACCACGGCAGGGUGUACUCUCUCUGGGGAGUUCCAGUCCUUCCAUACCCCUGCUGCCCCACCGGAGGGGGUCCCAGCCCCCCACCUUUACUCUGACACCCCUACCUCAGUCCUGCUGUCCUGGGGAGCCCCGGAGAGGAGCAACGGAGAACUGGAGGGAUGGGUGGUGGAGAGGAGGGUGAGAGGCACCCAGCAGGUAUCUACAGUGGUCAGACUGCCACCGGCCCCUCCUCCCCUCUCCUAUCUGGACCACUCCUCAGCCCUCAGCCCCUGGACCUCCUACCAGUACCGCCUAGUGGCCAGCACACAGGCUGGAUCUAACACUAGUACCUGGGCUAACAUCACCACCAGACCCUCUCGCCCUGCCGGUCUAGUCCCACCACGGGUAGAUGUGCUGGGGCCAGACUCACUGCAGGUCAUGUGGUCCCCUCCUGUCAUCGCUAAUGGAGAGAUCGACCGCUAUGAGAUCCGCCUUCCCAACCCACGCGUAUCCCACGACGACCUGUCCAACCUCAGCGUCACGGUAACAGACCUGGUGCCCUACACUGACUACCUGGUCACCGUCCUGGCCUGCUCCUCCGGGGGUGGCCUUAUUGGGGGUUGCACAGAGAGCCUGCCCACUGCCGUGACUACACUACCCACAAUCCCCCAGGACCUGGCACCACUGGCAGUGGUGGCCAUCAGUGAGUCCUUCCUGGCCAUAUCCUGGCAACCUCCCGACAGGCCCAACGGACCUAACCUCAGAUACGAGCUGCUCAGACGUAAAAGCCGUCAGCCGCUGGCCGUGCAGCUCCCGGCAGAUCUCCAUCGCUGGUUCAAUGUUUACGCCGGAGACAAAUUGUUUCACCAAGAUAAAGGCCUUAGCAGGUUCACAUGGUACCAGUACCAGUUACUGGUCUAUAAUGACGUGGGCUACUCUACAGGACAGCUGGCUACGGGUGUUACCCUGGCAGGAGUACCCCUCCACCCGCCCUCUCUGUCUGUCCAGACCAUCGACCACACAUCCAUACACAUCAGCUGGACAGAACCCUCUCUACAGGAUCUCCAGGGUGAGGUGGAGCUCUACACCCUCAGGGUCGAAUCCUCUCACCUCAGACGAACUCUGACCUUCCCACCCGGGGUCGAUUCCAUGGUGAUAGGUGACCUGCAGCCCAACACGCGCUACAGGGUUUCCCUGCAGGUGUCCAAUGGGGCUUACAACACUUCUAAUACCGAGGUCUACUGUACUACUGAAGACGGAGAGCCCGAGGGAGUGUUUCCUCCAGAGGUGGUUCCAGUAAACAGCAGUACAGUGCGUGUGCUGUGGUCUCCCCCUGUACAGGCUAACGGAGCUGUGACUGAAUACUCUGUCUAUCUAGACGGGACUGUACACGGUACUGCUGAUAACACAUCAGGAUCAUACUUAUUGGGAGGACUGCUGCCCUUCACUGUCUAUGAGAUAAAGGUGGAGGUGUGUACUGUGUAUGGGUGUGUGAAGAGUAACGCUACUCAGGUGACUACAGUGGAGGAUCUACCUGCUGACAUAGCACCUCCACACACACAGGUGCUCAGCCCCACAUCAGUGAGGGUUGAGUGGUCUUCUCCAGGCCAGCCCAGUGGUAUCAUGCUAGGCUACGAGGUGUGUAGGAAGACGCUGAGACCCUGUGGGGGGGCCGAGGGGGGGUCAGGGGUGACCCAGGGGGGUGAGGGGUCAGAGGUCAGAUGCUCCUACCUGCAGUGCGCCGCCUCUCAGCGGGUGUGUGGGACGUCCUGCUACCAACCUCAGAGACAGGUGUGUUGUGAUGGUGUGGUCUACACCAGUAAGCCUCUACACUUGUGCUGUGAGGGGCAUUACCUGCCCUCACCAAACUCCUCCCACACUGUGUGCUGUGGUGGGAAGCUACUCCGACCUCUUCCGGACCACCAAUGCUGUGGAGGAUACUACAUUCCUGUGGCAACCGGUGAGGUGUGCUGUCCUGACCCGGGACAGGGGCGUGUGUCGGUGGGGAUGGGUGACGCUUGCUGUGGCCGGGUGCCCUACUCCCCGUCAGGGGGGCAACUGUGCUGUGGAGGGGUGCUCCAUGAUGGCUACGGGUCCCAGUGCUGCGGUGGUACAGUCAUAGAGGAUACCCUGGUCUGCUGUGGAGAUGCAGAGAGAGGGAUGCCACACACACCUUUAACAGGUCUGUCCUGCUGUGGGGAGGACUAUUUGAACUCCUCCACAUCACUCUGCUGUGUCGGCCAUGAUGGUUUUCCUAGAAUGCAUCCUGCUGGUAACGGAACGGUGCGUCUGCAGUGCUGCGGAUCAGAGGUCAUCAACCAGGAAGAGGAGUGCUGUAACGGAGUGGGCUACAACCCCCACAGACAUGUGUGUGCUGACAGAGUGUCAUCUGGACUAGUGAUGGAGGCCCAGUGUGCUCCCAGGACUCUGUGUUCAGUGUCUGCUGCCUCCACAGCCUACUGUGGAUCCUGUUCCUUCAACCCCUCUCUCUACAUCUGUACCUGGGUCCUUGCUACACACACACUCCACACCACACACACACCUGAAACCACACUGCUAAACUCACCGCGAACUACACACACACUCAUGACCUCACACACCCCUCUGACCACACACACUCCUCCUGCACAGUCUGAUCCAGCCCUCUGCUCCUCCCAAGAAGAUCUGAUCUACAGUGGAGUGGCCAAUAGAUACAGCUACACAG